AGGCGAGCCGCAACGCGUCUCAAACAAGCCUAGCACUUCCACCUUUUCUGUAGAAUGACCCGCCUACAUUGUAAACACUAAACACGUGACCGGAAGUGAGAGACUGAAAGAGACAGAUUUGCAGCACAGUAUACCGUGUUAGAUAACAUUUAUGAGACACUAGCGACAGAAUGAGCCAGGAAUGUAGCACAAGGUUACAAAGUGCAACCAGAGAAAAACUCAGGAAGUUUGACUCUCUGCGCGCUGGAGAGGUGCAGCCCGGUGAGUUUUGGGACGUGGUGGUGCUGACAGCUGUGGAUGAGAACCAGAGAGAAGCCUAUGAGCUGCAGAUCAGAGAGAAGCUGCUCAGAAAAGAGCUUCCGGUCGGAGUUCAAUACAAAGUGUUCGCAGACCCGCCUGGAUCUAAAAUAGGGAAUGGAGGCUCCACUCUGUAUGCCCUGCAGCAGCUGAAUGAAGUCUAUGGGAAGACUCUGCGCAGACUGAGGGUCAUCCUCAUCCAUGCAGGAGGGUUCAGCCAGCGCCUGCCGAGUGCCAGCGCUCUGGGGAAGAUCUUCACGGCCGUGCCUCUGGGGGACCCUCUCUACCAGAUGCUGGAGCUCAAACUGGCGUUAUAUGUGGAUUUCCCGUCUCAGAUGAAGCCCGGUGUGCUGGUGACCUGCGCGGACGACAUCGAGCUCUACAGCACCUCAGAGGAUGAGAGGGUUAAGUUCGACAAACCUGGCUUCACUGCAUUAGGCCACCCCUCCCCACUCUCUAUCGGGACCACCCAUGGAGUGUUUGUGUUGGAUUCAAAAGAAAAAUCGUCUAAUUCUGAAAUUGAAAACACCUCCUGCCUGCUCUUUCUGCACAAACCGAGCGUCGAUAAGAUGCGUGACACCGGGGCUGUUUGUAAAAGGCAGAGUGGUUGUUUCGUGCUUUCUGAAGCCGAGUUUGCCUACACAGACAGCACCUAUUACAUUGAUUUUAAUACAGCGAUGUCUCUUCUCAAUCUGCUGAAGGAGUUAGGGCCUUUGGACUGUGAGGUGGACGCUUACGGAGACUUCCUCCAAGCACUGGGUCCUAACGCCACGAUAGAUUACACCAUCAACACUGCGAAUGUCACCAAAGAGGAGAGCAGUCUAGUGGCAAUCCGCCAAAAGAUCUUCCAUCAUCUAAAAGGAACUCCUUUGAAUGUUAUCCUCUUGAACAACUCCAAGUUUUAUCACAUUGGAACCACGUCAGAGUACCUGUUUCACCUCACGGAGGAUGUGAUGCUGAGGACUGAGCUGGGUCUCCUGUCCUCUGCAUUCAGCGUGGAUAUGAAGGAAAACUCAGGAUGCUGCGUUAUGCAUAGCGUCCUGGACCCCAGUGUCUCUGUGGGAGCUGGGUCAGUGGUGGAAUAUUCCAGACUGGGAGCAGGAGCUUCUGUCGGCGUUGGCUCCAUCGUAAGCAGCUGCUGGAUCCCUGCAGGACUCUCUGUGCCCGAUAGCGUCUUCAUGCAUUCCCUGUGUGUGAAUCACAAGCAGAAAACCAGGUUUGUAACCGUCGUCUUUGGCAUAAACGACGACUUGAAGCGCAGCGUGGAAGCCCCGGCGUUUAUGGAAGAUUUGAAUCUGUUUGGUGUCAGCGUCUCAGAGUCUUUGUCUCGCUGGGGGCUCGAGAACGAAGCCCUGAGGUUCUCCGCUGAUGCUUCAAACUGUAGUUUGUGGAGCGCUUGUUUGUUUCCUGUUUGCUCGGAUCAACAGAGCUCCUUUUCACUGACUCUGGAGAUGCUGCAGGCCGCGCUGAGUGGCUCUACUUUCACUUUACCCAGAGACACACAGCUGAUGUCCAUGCAGGAGGCCUUACAGUGUAAAGACCUGCAGCAGAUGUUGGAGUUCAGAACAGGACUUUAUGAAGACAUCAAACAGAGGAAACCUAACAACUGAAGACUUUCAUUCAGAUUAUGAGACUGUUUAGGUGCCAGAAAACAUUGAUUGUGCUGUAAAUCAUUUAUUAUGCUAGGAUUCUUUGAUUAUCAAAUGAUUGUUUCAACAGUGUGAAGAGCUGAUAUUAGGGCUGCUCAAUUAAUCGUAUUUGAAUCGCAAUUACGAUUAUGGCUUGCAACGAUUACGAAAACAACGUAAUCUAAAUAAAACGAUUAUUUUUUUAUUAUUGGUUUUUCAGUGGAAUUAUACUUAAAGUUCAGGGUAAUCAACUGUUAAAAACAUACUGUUCAAAUUCUUUUUCUCCAAUAAAUGUAUGUUUUCAAAGUAAAUGGAUAAUUAUUGACCCAAAUAAUCGAGAUUAUGAUUUUUGCCAUAAUCGAGCAGCCCUAGCUGAUAUGGAUUUAGUCAUCUGAUUCACUUUUUAUGAAGUCAAUACUUACAUUUUUUUAUUUAAAUAUAGCUUUCUGGUGAAAUGUUAAUCAACACUGUGCUCGAUUAACAUGCCCUAAGUCUUGUUAUAGUGUGAGACAAUUAUAUUGCUUUCAAAUAUACCUUCUUUUUUUACAGUCAAGUGUGUCCAAUAACAUUAUUCGUUUCCAUAUUGUAUGGACUCAUUAUCGUUGUUAUAGCUGUAGUUUUACUCGUGCUUUUUUUCGAGAAUGACACGUCAAUAUGUCUGCAAAAUGAAGACAUGAGAGAAAAUAUACUAAAAUAUCCAAAUACUUUAUAUAUUUUUCAAUGUCACACACAGUCACAGUGAUACACGGCUGCUUGCAUUUGGAGGGAGAUCGGUUGUCGUAGUUGUUGGGCAUUCCACUCUAAGGAGUUUAUUUUUAGCCCUCAGCCAUGAUCCGUGCUUUAUCUGGACCUGUGUGAUAGUGGCUCAGAGAUUGUAUUACUGCUUUACCAAACAAUACAGCACACAUCACAGGAGAAGAGACGCCUUAUCAAUGGGAAACUACAAAUCCAGACCAUCGCAGACAUGCACAGGUAAAGGACGGUGUGUUUGUCAUAGUUUUAUUAAUAUUAUAUGUAUCGACAGAACUGAGAAAGAGAUUUUAAAUGAAGAAGGGAAGCCUGGUGGUUUGUGUGGCUGCCAUUACUCAGCAAUACACACACUGACAUGUACAAGCCAUUUAAAAAACAAGUGAUUGAUAAAGAUUAUAUGUAGGGCUUAAAAACUGUUGUUUGCACUAUUUGAUACAUGUUCAUUAAGAGAUAUUUCUGCAGAUGGAAAAUAAAAGCAUUCUAUAUCAGAUGAAA